AUGGCCGAGUCGGAGAAAACUGCAGACGAAGCGGAGCUUGCAAAGCUCGGAUAUAAGCAAGAGCUGAAGAGAGAUUUGACGCUACUCCAGAAUUUUGGUGUCUCGUUCUCCAUCAUUUCCAUCAUCACGGGGAUUCCAUCACUAUUUUUCUUUGGAUUGACGACGGGUGGGCCAGCCGUCAUGGUCUGGGGAUGGAUCGUCGUGUCGGCAUUCACCCUCUGUGUUGGAGCUGCAAUGGCCGAGAUUUGCUCAGCGCAUCCAACCUCGGGUGGACCAUACUUCUGGAGUGCAAAGCUCUCGACUCCAAGUCAGGCGCCGCUUGCUGCCUGGAUUACUGGUUGGUUCAAUCUCAUCGGCCAAGUCGCCGUGACCACUGGUAUCUCAUUCGCGUGUGCUACGUUCCUGUCGACGACGAUUGCUAUCGGGACGUCUGCAUAUGAACCGAAUCCAAAGACGGUAAUCGGCAUCUACGCUGCUGUUCUGACUGCUCAGGGUCUCAUCAACACAUUUGGGGUUCAUCUACUCAAGUAUUUCAACAACAUUUCUAUCUGGUGGCACGCAUUCGGAACGAGUGCGCUUGUGAUCUCGGUUCUUGCCAAAGCGAAGACGCACCAGACGGCAAAAUUCGUCUUCACCGAGUUCUAUGAUGGAACAGGAUGGGCAGCACACGCUGGGAAUGGAUAUGUGAUCUGUAUUGGUAUUCUGAUUGCUCAGUACACGCUCACUGGCUUCGAUGCUUCUGCGCACAUGACGGAGGAGACUACAAACGCGGCCACAGCGGGCUCUUGGGGCAUCAUAAUGAGCAUCGGAGUAUCUGCCGUACUCGGCUGGUUCCUUAUUCUUGGCCUACUCUUCUCAAUUCAAGAUUAUGAAGCUACAAUCGGUGCAGCGACCGGCCAGCCAGUCGCCCAAAUUAUCAUAGAUGCCGUAGGACCGGAUGCAGCGAUCGCACUUAUGGUGAUCAUUGUCGUUGCAAUGUUCUUCUGCGGGACCUUUUCAAUUACUAGCAACUCGCGCAUGAUGUAUGCAUUCAGCCGUGAUGGUGCACUCCCGGCGUCGAGCUUUUUCCACAAAGUCGACGUGAAGCGCAAGUCGCCAAUUAGAACAGUCUGGCUCGCUUGCACACUUUCCUUCAUCCUCGCUCUGCCCAGCUUGGGCAGCACGGUCGCCUUUGCAGCGGCUACCAGUAUUGCCACUAUUGGUCUCUACAUCUCAUAUGGCAUCCCGAUUCUCCUUCGCGUCCUCGGCCGCAAACGCUUUGUGAAAGGCCCAUGGCACCUCGGAAAGUUCUCAAUUCUCAUCUCAACACUUGCAGUUGUUUGGAUCGCACUUAUUGCAAUUCUCUUCAUCUUGCCCCAAGUUUACCCUGUCACAAGCCAGACUCUCAACUAUUCUAUUGUUGCAGUCGGCAUUGUGAUGGCGUACGCCAUGGGCACAUGGCUCCUUUCGGCUCGGAAGUGGUUCGAAGGCCCAAGACGGCAGAUUGCCUUGGCCGAGCUCGGAAUUGAUGUGAUGGAGCCAGGCGCUGUCGAAAAGGCGCGAGCUGAGGGCAAGCUCGACAAGCUCGAAAAGGAGAACGAGGCUGAACCAGCGACAUGA